AUGUUAACAUCAAACUUAAAGAUAAUUGAUGAAAACACAACUUAUAUUUCACCAACACAAAAAUUCCAAUAUGUCCUUCCAUCUAGUAAAUAUGAAGAUGAUGAUCUAAAUUUAAGAGGGGCAGGUAACAAUGAUGUACCCUGUGUUACUGGCAAACUGAUAUAUGGGUCUCAGAAAGACAAAAGUCAUUUUGGCACUGAGAUAGCACCUAAGAAAAGUGUUUUGGAUGAUACAAAAUUAGUUAAUUUUGCAGAAGGUAAAGGAGAGAGUACAUCAGCCUUCCGAAAAAGAACUUUGCAAGGAAGCAUUUUCAUGGUGUUUGUGAUUUUGGUGCUGGUCACUGACAAGAGGCCUCAGUACCUGUCUAUGUGGGCCUGGCUAGCUCCCCUCGGUGUGAACGAGCCAAGAGACCAUUCAGGAGUAACAGUGUCUGAUGACCUAGGCUUGGAAGUCACACACUUACUGUUUAAAAUAUCUGACAAUAUAUAUCAGGGUGAUUAUCCUAAUGACAGACAUAUUGGCUCAGUGAAAAUUGUCCAAACAGAAAUGAACACAGAGAAAUCAUGGAAAUGUAGGAAUAGUAAGCAGAAACCUCAAUAUUCAGAUAUUAAUAUGUUUACAUCAAGUGAUGCCUUUUCUGCUUCUGAUAUCAGAGAAGGUGAUUUCAAAGUACCAUCUUUUUCAGUUUCAUCCCAGCCUCAGGAAGUUCAAGGGGUAACAGAAAAUGAUUUAGAUUCUUUAAAAGCUGUCACAGAAAUCCCUGCAAAAUUUAGAAGUAUUUUCAAAGAAUUUCCAUAUUUCAACUAUAUACAGUCCAAAGCCUUUGAUGAUCUUCUUUACACAGAUAGGAAUUUUGUGACUUGUGCGCCAACUGGUUCUGGGAAAACUGUAGUGUUUGAGUUAGCUAUAACAAGAUUGUUAAUGGAAGUACCUUUGCCUUGGUCGAACAUUAAAAUUGUUUACAUGGCACCAAUAAAAGCCCUGUGUAGUCAGCGUUUUGAUGACUGGAAAAAAAAAUUUGGACCAAUAGGAUUGAAUUGUAAAGAACUCACUGGAGAUACAGUAAUGGAUGACCUGUUUGAGAUUCAGCAUGCCCAUAUUAUUAUGACAACUCCAGAAAAAUGGGAUAGCAUGACUAGGAAAUGGAGAGACAACUCUUUGGUACAGCUGGUUCGACUGUUUCUCAUUGAUGAGGUACACGUUGUAAAAGAUGAAAAUCGUGGACCAACUCUUGAAGUUGUAGUCAGUAGAAUGAAAACUGUACAGUCUUUAUCUUAUACUUUAGAAAAUGCCAGAACUAUUAUUCCAGUGAGAUUUGUAGCUGUAUCUGCAACGAUACCAAAUGCUGAGGAUAUUGCAGAAUGGCUUUCAGAUGGUGAAAGACCUGCUGUAUGUCUGAAAAUGGAUGAGAAACAUAGACCAGUGAAACUUCGGAAAGUGGUCCUUGGAUUUCCCAGCACUAGGAACCAAACUGAAUUUAAGUUUGAUUUAACCCUUAACUACAGAAUUGCCAGUGUUAUACAAACAUACUCUGAUCAGAAACCUACACUUGUGUUUUGUGCAACAAGGAAAGGUGUGCAACAGGCUGCUUCUGUUCUUGUGAAAGAUGCAAAGUUUCUUAUGACUGUGGAACAGAAACAGAGGUUACAGAAACAUGCACAUUCCAUAAGAGAUUCAAAACUGAGAGAUAUCUUAAUACAUGGUGUUGCUUAUCAUCAUGCUGGUAUGGAGCUGUCAGAUAGAAAAGUAGUUGAAGGAACUUUUGCUGUUGGAGAUCUACCAGUCCUUUUUACUACCAGUACUUUAUCUAUGGGAGUAAAUUUGCCUGCUCAUCUAGUAGUUAUAAAAUCUACAAUGCAUUAUUCUGGAGGAAUGUUUGAAGAGUACAGUGAAACAGAUAUUCUACAAAUGAUUGGUAGAGCUGGUCGACCUCAAUUUGACACUACAGCUACUGCAGUUAUUAUGACUCGGUUAAGUACAAAAGAGAAGUAUAUUCAGAUGUUAGCUUGUAGUGACACUGUAGAAAGCAGUUUGCACCGACAUCUUAUUGAGCAUUUAAAUGCAGAGAUAGUACUGAAUACUAUCACAGAUGUGAAUAUUGCUUUGGAAUGGAUACGAUCAACUUUGCUUUAUAUCAGAGCCUUGAAAAAUCCAUCACAUUAUGGUUUUGCAUCUGGAUUGAACAAAGAUGGAAUUGAGGCAAAAUUACAAGAAUUAUGUUUGAAGAAUCUAAAUGAUUUGUCAUCUCUGGACUUGAUAAAGAUGGAUGAAGAUGUUAAUUUCAAACCAACUGAGGCAGGAAGAUUGAUGGCUUGGUAUUAUAUAACAUUUGAGACAGUGAAGAAAUUUUGUACCAUCAGUGGGAAAGAAACUCUAUCAGAUCUGGUCACGAUGAUAGCCAGCUGCAAGGAGUUUCUGGAUGUGCAAUUAAGGAUAAACGAAAAGAAAACACUAAAUACUUUAAACAAAGAUCCAAAUCGGAUAACUAUCAGAUUUCCAAUGGAAGGAAAAAUUAAAACAAGAGAAAUGAAAGUUAACUGUCUUAUUCAGGCUCAGCUAGGAUGUAUUCCCAUACAAGACUUUGCUCUGACACAAGAUACUGCAAAGAUUUUCAGAAAUGGCUCACGAAUUACAAGAUGGUUGUCAGAUUUUGUGGCUGUUCAAGAAAAGAAGUUUACUGUAUUAUUGAACAGUUUGAUUUUAGCUAAGUGUUUUAGAUGUAAACUUUGGGAAAACUCUCUGCAUGUAUCCAAACAACUGGACAAAAUUGGCAUAACAUUGUCAAAUGCAAUGGUAAAUGCAGGUUUGACUUCCUUUAAAAAAAUAGAAGAAACGGAUGGAAGGGAACUUGAACUGAUUUUAAAUAGACAUCCCCCCUUUGGAACUCAGAUAAAAGAAACAGUGAUGUAUCUACCAAAAUAUGAACUUGAAGUAGAACAGAUUGCAAGAUACAGUGAUACUAUGGCAGAAAUAUUAGUGACCAUUAUAUUAAGAAACUUUGAACAGCUGCAAAAUAAAAGAACAGCAUCAGAUUCUCACUAUGUUACCUUAGUCAUAGGUAAUGCAGAUAAUCAACUGGUUUUUAAGCACAAAAUUCUAGAUUCUGUUUUGCUAAAAGCUGGAAACUGGGCUAAAAAGAUUGAUGUGAAAAGAGCUCUUAAAUCUGAAGAUCUUAGCAUAAAUCUAAUUAGUUCUGAGUAUGUUGGACUUGAUAUUCAGCAGAAAUUUACAGUCUUUUACUUAGGACCCAAGAGGUUUGGAAACCAAAUAAUUAUGCGGAAAAAAUCAGAAACAGAGAUUUCCCAUUCUAAACAUUCAGAUAGACCUAUAGCAGGACCAAAUAAAGGAAUGACUACCUGCAAAAAACCUGGAAAUCGAGAGUGUAAUCAUCACUGUAAAAAUAAGCAUACAUGUGGACAUGACUGCUGUAAAACUGGAGUCACACAGAAGACAGAAAUGAAAGAGCCAACAAUUUCUUCAUAUUUAUCUGAUUUAAGAAACAGGAACGCUGUUUCAUCUCUUCCUCCAGUUAAACGUUUCAAGAUGCAGAUGAAUAAAUCUCAAAGUGUGGACCUUAAGAAGUUUAGUUUUACUUCAAAACCUUCUCUUCCCAGUAUAUCAAGGUCAAAAUAUUUAAACAUACCUGAAUUGUCUGUAAUGGAGCAGAGGGAUACACAUGAAAUUUGUGCAAAAGUUCCACAACAAGAACCAUCUGAGUAUCAAGACAAAGAUUUUUCUAGAUGGAACUUUUCUACAACUUCAAAUCAGAAAACUCCUCAAACAAUGCUGUUCAACAGAAAUGUUAAUACACCUGGAAACCAGAAUUUGACAGAUGCAGAUAAAAGUAAUUCUACAUUUUCAGAAGCUUUGAAUGUGAAUUUUGAAUUGGGAAAUGAAGUUUGGGAUGAUUUUGAUGAUGAGAACUUAAUAGAAGUUACCACUAGCUUUUCAGCCAAUACUGAGAAGACAAAAACAUCAGAAUUUAGAAACACUUUGAGUUCAAGUACCAGAGGAAGUAAGCUAUCCCUCCAAGAAUCAAAGAGCAAAUUCCAAAGAGAAAUGUCAAACAGUUUUGUUUCAUCACAUGAGAAGCCAGAUACUUAUUUAUCAAAUCCUGCUAUGUCCAAGUUUGGUGCUUCCUCCAUGACAAAAUUACCUGAACAAGCUGGAAAUGAAAAUACUGUCUAUUUACAAGAAAGAAAACAAAGUCUGUCACCAGAGAUUAAAAAGUUAUGUUUUACUCACUCUGAAAAAAUACCAAAUUCUUCAAAUUUUGUUAAGAAAGUGGAUUUCUUUAUUAGAAACAGUGAAUGUAAAAAGGAAAUUGAUUUCAGUACAUAUUAUCAUGAAGAUGAAACUGAUGAAAUGAAGUCUUUUCUGGGGAUAUUUGAUGGCAUUUUCUAAAAUUUCUUAUAUUAAUAAGAUGAAGUAUAAAGACACCUAUUUUCAAAGCAUAUUUUUUAUUUUUAAAAAAUAGUUCACAAUUGUUCAGCUUUGCAGCAAAAUAGUUGAACUGAUUUAUUUUUCAUUAUAUUGUAACUUCAUGAAAAGUACUUUACAGUGGCUUUAUUUUGGUAAACUGCUAAUUAAAUUGCACUUAGAAAUAAUUAUUUGGUUAUUAAUUGGAGUUUCAUUGAAUUUUGACAGGAACCAAUUUAAAAUUUUAUUUUUAUAUUUUCUUAAGAAAGAUAUUCUGUGCAAGCAAAAUAGUGCUGGGUCAGUGAAUUUAUUUAUUAUAUGGAUAAUUUUCCAAUAUUGUUUUACUAAAAAUUUUUAAGACUCCAGUGGCUGUCCAAGUUUGUUGUAUAACU